GCGCGCAGCCGCGGCCGCUGGGGUUGCCUCCCUCAACUGCGGUCGCGGGCGCUCGCGACUCCGCGCCUCAGGAGGGAGCGGCCGGAGGGCCCGCAUCCUGUCCGUGGGGUUCGAGGCUGGGCUGCCGCGGCCGCCUCCUUCUGGUGCCUGGGCCGCCCUGAGGAGCCGGGCCGGGGCACGGCUGACUGACCGGCCCCGGGGAGCCGAGACCGCUGGAGGCGAAGGCGGAGGCGCACGUCUGGCGGUCUCCUGGACCGGGAGGAGGCCGAGGGGACCAUGUCCGGGAGGAACCUCCACCUCUCCACCACCGAACGCGUCAUCAAAGCUGUCCCUUUUCCUCCAACACAGCGGCUUACUUUGAAGGAAGUAUUUGAGAAUGGGAAACCUAAAAUUGAUGUUUUGAAAAACCAUUUGGUGAAGGAAGGGCGACUGGAAGAGGAAGUAGCCUUAAAGAUAAUCAAUGAUGGGGCUGCCAUCCUGAGACAAGAGAAGACUAUGAUAGAAGUAGAUGCUCCAAUCACAGUAUGUGGUGACAUUCAUGGACAGUUUUUUGACCUGAUGAAGUUGUUUGAAGUUGGAGGAUCACCUAGUAAUACACGCUACCUCUUUCUGGGUGACUAUGUGGACAGAGGCUAUUUCAGUAUAGAGUGUGUGCUGUUUUUAUGGAGUUUAAAGAUUAAUCAUCCCAAAACAUUGUUUCUGCUUCGAGGAAAUCAUGAAUGCAGGCAUCUUACAGAAUAUUUCACCUUCAAACAGGAAUGUCGAAUCAAAUAUUCUGAACAGGUGUAUGAUGCGUGUAUGGAAACAUUUGACUGUCUUCCUCUUGCUGCCCUCUUAAACCAGCAGUUUCUGUGUGUACAUGGAGGAAUGUCACCUGAAAUUACUUGUUUAGAUGACAUUCGGAAAUUAGACAGGUUUAAAGAACCUCCAGCCUUUGGGCCAGUGUGUGACCUGCUUUGGUCUGAUCCCUCAGAGGAUUAUGGCAAUGAAAAGACCUUGGAACACUAUACCCACAACACGGUCCGAGGGUGCUCUUAUUUUUACAGUUACCCUGCAGUUUGUGAAUUUUUGCAGAACAAUAAUCUGUUAUCAAUAAUCAGAGCCCAUGAAGCCCAAGAUGCUGGGUAUCGAAUGUACAGGAAGAGCCAAACGACAGGCUUUCCAUCACUCAUUACUAUUUUCUCUGCCCCCAAUUACCUAGAUGUCUAUAACAAUAAAGCUGCUGUGUUAAAAUAUGAAAACAAUGUCAUGAAUAUCAGGCAGUUUAACUGUUCUCCACACCCAUACUGGCUUCCAAACUUUAUGGAUGUUUUCACGUGGUCUUUGCCUUUUGUUGGGGAAAAAGUCACAGAGAUGCUGGUUAACAUUCUCAACAUAUGCUCUGAUGAUGAAUUGAUUUCCGAUGAUGAAAUUGAAGGAGGCACUACAGUUCGAAAGGAGAUCAUCAAGAAUAAAAUCAGAGCCAUUGGGAAGAUGGCACGGGUCUUUUCAAUUCUUCGGGAAGAGAGUGAGAGUGUGCUGACUCUCAAGGGCCUGACUCCUACAGGUACACUCCCUUUGGGUGUACUCUCAGGAGGAAAGCAGACUAUUGAGACAGCCAUCAGAGGGUUUUCGCUUCAGCACAGGAUCCGGAGUUUUGAAGAAGCCCGAGGUCUGGACCGAAUUAAUGAGCGGAUGCCACCCCGCAAAGAUAGCCAGUACUUUGAUGGGCCGGUGAAAUUAGUCCAACCAAAUGCUGCGCACAGGAGUGACAAGGGGAGAAGAGCCAGUAAUGACUCAGAGCCCUGCUGUGGCACAGGUGGAUCCAAGACUUAACAAUCAAUUUUAUUUAUUUAUUAUUGGAAAACAAAACAAAAACAACUGAAACAACUUAAACCUGGAGGUGCAUUCAUAAUACACUCUGCAUUUACUCUGUAAGAAAGGUGACCAUUUUAUAAAUUCUUUUAAUUUAUGUUUAAUAUAUACAUAAAAAGUGAAUGUGUUUUGUUUUUCCUUUUUUCCCCCCCCUAAUUUUUAGGAACUGAUCUGAUUGUCUGAUACAUAGUGAAGUCUUGUGCUAUAAAGGGGACCUUCCCCCUAAUAAAAGGGCCUUGGAAACCUCUACCCUGGGUUUCUGACUUGAACUAGCCAGCCUUUUCUCUUGUUUUUGGAGGGUAAUAUCUUUAAUUUCAGACUAAUCAUUUUUCAAACACAAAAGGGUUUUUUCUUUUCUAUUUUUUUUUUUCCUUUCUACAGGGUACCAUUGAAGAUCUCUUAGAUUUCAGUGGCUAAAACUUCUCUUCUUAUGGAAAACUUGAUUAUAGUAGAACUCCUAAGUGAAUAACCCAAACCCAGUGAUUUUAAGGGCCAAGGGAAAUGUUUUCCAUGAUAACCUACUUUCUUCUGGACUCUCAAUUACUCAAUGUAUUCUAGUAUGGCGAAAUAAAAAAUAAUGAGGGAUUUUCGUAGAAUUACUUAAAAUUUGUUCAUCUAACCGUGGGCAUGAUUGGUUUAAACUUCCCUUAGAACUUUGGAGGUUUCUUAACUGUUGCCAGAUCCUUUUGCUUUUUUUUUUUUUUUUUUUUAAUUUUUUGCGGUACGCGGGCCUCUCACUGCUGUGGCCUCUCCCGUUGCGGAGCACAGGCUCCGGACGCGCAGGCUCAGCGGCCAUGGCUCACGGGCCCAGCCGCUCCGCGGCAUGUGGGAUCUUCCCGGACCGGGGCACGAACCCGUGUACCCUGCAUCGGCAGGCGGACUCUCAACCACCACGCCACCAGGGAAGCACCCUUGCUUUUAUUUUUGAACACUAGGUGAUUUACCCCAUCUGCAAAGGAAGCGACAUUUCUAAAUAUAAAUGCCCUCUGUAGAGCCUUCGAUGGUAGGAAGUGUUUAUGCCCUUCUGUGUUACUGCAUCAGCUCUCACAUCUAUCCUCCCUGUCGUCCAUCUGUUUUUCUGUGUCAGCAUUUUUGAAACCAACAGGGGUAAUGGAAACUGACUAGGUUAAAAUGGUCCCCCUGUGAACUGGAAGUCUUGCUAAAGGGCAUUGGAUGAGUGAGGAUUUCCUGUCUAUCAAUUACUGGAAUGUUCCUCCAUGUUUCAACACUCAUUAUAUUGAACUGUGUGUCGGUCUCUGUCAGCGUAUUUUGGAAUACAAAAACAAGUGAUCAAAUACAAGGUUUGAAUAAUCUUUCCUUAGUUUUUCAAGUCACAGCCAACUAGUGAAGGAAAUUUCAGGGAUCCUUAGGCUCCCAUUUUUGGUUUAGCCUGAUGACAGGUGCCAUGUCAUAAUACUCAUUGGUCAGCCUGUAGUGAAAGUGCAUGUCUGGGCCACACUACAUCAAACUGCAUAUUUGUGGAAUUCCUUAAUGUCAUUUGGGAUAUAGGAGUCCAGCAUUAAAGCAAGUAUCCCAGACAGUAGUACUUUAUGUUUGGAGCUUCAAGAACACCAGAAACCUUUUUUCAAAAAACAUAAUUUCAGGGAAUUCCCUGGCAGUCCAGUGGUUAGGACUCUAGGCUUUCACUGCUGAGGGCCCAGGUUCAGUCCCUGGUCGGGGAACUAGGAUCCCACAAGCCGUGUGGCACGGUUCAAAACAAAACAUAAUUUCAUUAGAAGAAUGAGGAUUUAGCCCAUCUAUCUGUUUUUCCUAUGCCUUGCUAACAGUUCCCAAUUUGUUUAUGACAGAGAUCAAAGCACUUUGGAGAUUGGAAUCUGGUGGCGUAGAGUGCUCUGUUAACAAAAAAGAUAGGAAGGAUAUUGGGAAGGAGAUAAAAGAUCUCUUACUGGGUUGUGAGUAAAAUCUUUGAAAGAGGAGAGAAAGAGUCUCCAGUAGCUGUCUUUACUGAUCAUCAUUUCUUUAUAAUCAAAGAGGAAUUCAUCACCUGGAUAUCCUCAUACUCCUCCCUCCCCCAAUCCCAAUAGGGAAAGAGCCACUGUUUUGGAAAUCUCACCUAAUGUGACAGUCAGUUCACAGGACAGGUUUGAUAGAUGGGAGUCCCUGAUUCCUUUCUCUUUUCCAUUGAGGCUAUUGUUAUACACACACAGUCCACAGGUAGAAACCGUGGACUUCAAUCUUAAGGACUUCAAUCAGCAGGCAAGUAGUGAAAUAGUUACUACAAAUCCUUAUAAGCAAAAAAUAGUAUUAGGAAAAAAAAAAAAAAGACAAUUACUUAGGAAGGUCUUCAUUUUCUUCCCAAAAUGAAGUAGUACGAUAAAGCAAUUUUCCUUGACAGAGCCAUGUGAAAAGAUGUAUUUUACAGGUAACUUUUGAGCUGUUGAAGGUUCAGCCGGAGUAGAGAGUUAAGUGGUCACGAUUCAAGAAAAUUGGAGGGGGUUUAAAAGAGCAUAGCAGCAGCUCUGGAAGGAAGUUAGGUUUGAAGAUCCUGUUGAAUUCUAAAGGUAAAGGCAUUUCUUAUGUUCUGUAGAAAGCUGGGGUGUGUAUUUCAGCACUUUAGAAAGUUGUGUGGUGAGUGUGUCUGUCUGGUAUAAGUAGCUUUUUUUUUUUUUAAUUUAUUUAUUUAUUUAUUUAUUUUUGGCUGCGUUGGGUCUUGGUUGCUGCGCCUGGGCUCUCUCUAGUUGCGGUGAGCGGGGGCCACUCUUCGUUGCGGUGCGCAGGCUUCUCACUGCGGUGGCUUCUCUUGUUGUGGAGCACGGGCUCUAGGCGCGCGGGCUUCAGUAUUUGUGGCACGCAGGCUCAGUAGUUGUGGCACGCGGGCUCUAGAGCGCAGGCUCAGUAGUUGUGGCUCACAUGCUUAGUUGCUCCACGUCAUGUGGGAUAUUCCCGGACCAGGGCUCGAACGCGUGUCCCCUGUAUUGGCAGGCAGAUUCUUAUCCACUGCCCCACCAGGGAAGUCCUACAAGUAGCUUCUUAAAGCCAGACCAGCAGGCAGUGCACCUAUAUAUGCAUUUGUACCUGUGAUUCAAGACAGUUUAGAAGGCAUAAACCGGUGCUUCCCUGGUGGCGCAGUGGUUAAGAAUCCUCCUGCCAAUGCAGGGGACACGCGUUUGAGCCCUGGUCCAGGAAGAUCCCACAUGCCGCGGAGCAACUAAGCCCGUGCGCCACAACUACCGAGCCUGCACUCUACAGCCCAUGAGCCACAACUACUGAGCCCACGUGCCACAACGACUGAAGCCUGCGCACCUAGAGCCUGUGCUCCGCAACAAGAGAAGCCACCACAAUGAGAGAAGCCCGCGCACCACAAUGAAGAGUAGCCCCCGCUCGCUGCAACUAGAGAAAGCCUGUGCGCAGCAACGAAGACCCAAUGCAGCCAAAAAUAAAUAAUUAAAAUAGAUAAAUUUUUUUAAAAGGUAAAAAUAAAUAGAUAAUAAUAGAAGGCGUGAACCUUAGGAAUAUAUUGAUAUAACAGCACUUGUUCUUCCCUUUAGACUUCAUUGGAGGGUUUUAACAUUUUUUAAUGUUUUAAUCUGAAUAGUAGCUCCCGAGAUGGCUGGUGGCCUGCCCUGAGUUUGCCAUAAAACUGCCUGGGGCCUGAUAGUCUGACUGGGGCCAUCAUUUCAAACAAACAUUUUGACUGCUGUCAGCGCUCUGUGGUGUUGCUGUUUUCAAAGCCUCUUCUGUUUUUACUAAAUCUUCCCCCUUGAAUGUUCUAAAGAUACUAAAAAUACUUUUCUCUUGUUCUCCUUCACUUUAAAGUCCACAGAGACGUUAUUCAACUUCUCUCAUGGGGGUUGGGGGGACGCAUCAGAGGGCUCCUUUGUAAACUUUUCUGAAAUACCAGUUUAGAAAUGACACUUCCCGAAGACCAGUUUUCCCAAUUUUGUUUACAUCCACGUCAUAUGAAGUUACAAAUUGAUCAGAUGACAGUUCUUGUUAAUAAAAAUUUUAGAACUCAUCUAAUACAAGUUCAAAACAUACAUCUUUUUUUAAUCUCUGUGUUCUGAAUAUUUAGAGAAAAAGUAAAAGAAUAAGCCGCGUGUGUGUGCAUGUGCGUGUGUGUGUAGUGUGUGUGAGAGAGAGAGAGAGAGACGGAAUGCUAAAACAAAAGCAGCCUGUUUUCUUUAAAACCUCAAGGUAACACUUAGGUUAUGGGUACAGACAUUGCUGAUUCGCUGGCCUUUUUUGACUAGAUAUUGACCAGCAGGGUGAAAAUGGCUUAUGGAUGGGUAUGAUGUGGCUUCUUGCCUAGGGAUAGAAGAAUCAGACUCUCCAGGAAUAUCAGUAUUUUUCAUACCCUUUUAUCUAUAUUUACCUUGCCUUUUCUGUUCCUACAGAACAUUUGCAGUUCCAUGAAUCAAGUUUUUCUCAAUAGCAAAGAUUUGCUUUCUUAUCCUGAUAACAGGAUAACUGACUUCGUGACACUAUUCAGAAUAGGAAAAGGAAAGCUCUUAAUUGUUUUGUAAACAGAUUAUUAUUAUUUAAUGUCAUUAUGGAGCAAGGGUGGGAUUUCUUCAAAUUGGAUAACUUGGGGCCUUGGCAUUGUCCCUUAGAUCCUCUUCUGAGUAAUUUUAAAACACAAAGUUUGGGACUUCCCUGGUGGUCCAGUGGUUAAGACUCCACACUUCCAACACAGGGGACGUGGGUUCGAUCCCUGGUCGGGGAACUAAGAUCCCACAUGCCUUGGGGUGCGGCCAAAAGAUUAAAAAACAAAACAAAGUUUGAGGCAGCUGCUCUCUGUAAGAAAAAUAUUGCAAACCAUGCCUACAUGAGAUACAGCCAGACUUACUGCUCAUGGUCAUUACUCAAUAGUCCCUCUAGCCUCUUGGAGUAAGUAAGGCUGAAAUCUGUUCCCUCUACCCUCCCUUGUUUUAUGUAAAUAUUGUAGCUGAUCUCCAGAAGUUUUGACUGUACCAUAUCUAGAAAUACAAAACUCAAGCUCUUGAGAGUUACGUUCAUCCUGACCAAUCUGGGUGACCAGUUAGUUAAAAUGGUUUAGGAAGAGCUUGUACCAGAUUGACUGAUUCAUAGUUUUUCUUUGUAUUAAUUUUCAGGGUUUUUCCUCCAGUUUUUGUAUUGAAAAUUACUUUCGUACCCAGAAAGACUUGUUGAGAUAUCAUUCUAGAAUCUCCGAUAUUUAUUAUAGUUGUUAUAGUAACAGUGGAACCCAAGUGUUUUUCAAAGCAUUAUUCAGCUUUCCCUACCCUGGGAGAAAAGACUUCAGAGGGAGCGUGAACCCAGAGCCCCAGUUGUGGGAAUGAGGCUCCAAUUUCCUAAAUCACUUGUGGUUAUAAACAUGGAUACCACCUUGUCUGGCACCCAGGUCCAUAUCUUUUCUGAAAUCUGCUAUAGCAGAGAGUAAAGGGCAGUCUAGGGAGCCCAACAAUAGCUGGAGGAGGGUUUGGAUUACCUGGAGGACACCUCCGAAGCAUUGUAAUGCCACAGUCCCUCUUCAGCACUGCUGUGAUCAAACACUCAGAGGAAAGCCAUAAGAAAGGGCAGACGCGCAUAGAGCAAGUUGUGUAGUCGAAAAACGUGGUUGUUACUCUUAUCUUGAGUCCAGCAGAGAACUGCAUUCACAGUAGAGCUUUGUGCCACUGAUAGAGUGUGAAAGAGGAAACCUAUAUUACUCUGAGACUUGUGACCUGACCUGCCUAUGUCUAGCCAGCCAAAGUGAAUGGGGUCAGGGUUAGCUGCCUUCAUCUAUGCAGUCACAAAGGUAAAGAUGAUACUGGAGACUAUAUUCCCUCCCGGGCGGCCGUGGCCUCACGCCCCAUCAACCUUGGCAAGACUUGCUAAAUAACACCUUUGUCCAAGACGGGGUUAUGCAUCUUCUCGUCUUCUACACCCCCAUGACAAGCCGAGGUGGUUUAAGAUCAAGAAGUGAGGAGUGGAUGUGGAUCGUCCCUCUGAGCAGCUCUAAAGGAGGGCCACGUACGCUGCCUUCUUGUAAGUUCUUGCCCAAAUUCCCUUCACUCCCUUAACAUAGCUGUCUCCAAAUAACUUGUGUGUGUGUGUGUGUGUGUGUUCAUGUUAAAGUGAAGUGCAUGUAAUAAGAAGGAGCUCUACUGUACAUUUUGAUUUGUGGCAAUAAAGAUGUGGGUUUUGUCUGUCAAAGAAACUUUUUGAAGAUACCAUCAUGAAUGCCCCACUUUUCCUUUCUCAGUGUACUGUGACCAAUAGCUCUGUUUCCUAACAGAAAUGUCAGCAGGCAUUUUCCAAGAAAGGAUCCUGGUUUUGCUUCCUAAAUGAGGGGGUCAGACACAUGAGACUAGCUAGUGGUGUAAAUUUUUUAAGGCGUUUCUGAAUGAUGAAUUAUUUGCUUGUGCUUAGAGGUUACUGGCUUUUUCUUGUUUCAGUUAUGUUAAGGCAAAUGGUGGAAAUGUUAUUUAUUGGCAGAAAUCAUAAGUCUUUUUUGUGAACAAGAAAUGAAUUUGUUAAAACUUUCUUACUGUACAUUAGAAGUCAUCUUGAAAAAAAGAAGAAAUUAAAUGAUAACUUUAUUGGC